CGAAGGAUUUGAGUUUUGUUUGAAUGGCCGCAGAGUGUGGAGAACAGAAGAUUUCAUUAUAUUUGCGAUGUAGAAAUGGCAGCAAGGUUAGACACUUCGGACACUCCAGAUUUAGUCUCAUCGUCUCGGAAUCAGUCGGAAUUGGAUCAGUCUGGGUCCAGUAGAACCAGUAAUAGAAGUUUACGGCUCGCAGAAAACGAGAGGCGGAAGAUCGAGGCAGAUGAUCCGUUUGUUGUUGCUUUGAAGUACUUCUCAAAGGUUGAACCUGGUACUCCUGUGAAUGGCAAUGAUGAGGUGGAGAAGAACCUGGUGUUGGUGGAGAAAGUGGCGUAUAGUAGGGGGCUUCCCCCUGCUGCCAUCUCUGUUAUGCUAGAGUUUGCCAUAAGCCUUCGUAUGGGAAAUGUUCUGUGUGUUCGGGUGCUGAAGUGUCUGAUCCCUGCUACUGUGGUACUGCAAGAGGCCGUCGUUCGAGCAAUAGUUUGGCUGGGUGUUGGCAAAAUACCCAUCAGCACACAGGUUCUUUUCAUAAAGUGGGUUUUGACCGUUUUUGACAUGAUUGAUGCAAAAAACCAACUUCGGUCCAUAUAUGGCUUCAUCUUCAGUUUUGUGACGGAGGAAAAUCUGUGUCCUUUCAUCUGCCACCUGCUGUUCCUUUUGACUAGAAAGGAAAGUGUGCGAGUAUACAGAGUCAGAAAACUGCUGGAUCUACAGUCUAAACUGGGAAGGCAACCAUUCCUUCUGCACUUAUUGUCGCUUUACAAAGUGUUUUGCCCUGAACUAGUGAUUCUGUCCAUUCCGUCACGAAUGAGGACUGGAUUUAAGAACCACAUUUCCCCCUGGAAAUCAGCGUUGAUCGCUGUACAGAAAAGGAAAGGUUCACAGGUUGCUUCAAGCAUCAGUCCAAACUUAACAAUUAAACAUAAGAACACCUCGAGGAAAAGGAAACAUCGCCACCUGGAACUGCCACCGUUGACUUCAGUAAUCCAUAUCGAGGAUCACCCUGAGCCAUCCAACAGCAGAAAGGUGCUCCCCCUGGCACAGAUCCAUUCCUUUGCUCAGCUGCUCGAAAAUAUAAACCGUAUUGAGCUGCCGGCUCAGAUGUCCUCACUGCUGGGGUCCAGUCUGACCCUGCAGUACCUGGACUGUAUGCAGGAUGAGUCUGCCCUUCUACGUCUCAACUUCUGGCUCGGCUGCGCUCUCCACGAAGAAUUUUUGUUCUGCAGUGACGGUGGCGCAUCCCAGGAUUCGGAAGAGGUUGUGCAAUUUUUGAACAAGUUGCUCUCCACUCAAGAUUUUCUCCAGGAGGGAUUUUCUAGUACAGAGGCUUUUCUUUAUAAAUUUCUCAAUGUUUGGGAUGGCUCACUUCUACGACCACAAAUCCUGAGCCUGCUAAGCAGCAUUCCUGUUGUCCCCAGUUCCCAUAUUGGACGGCUUCUUUUUGAACCCCUCAUGCAGCUAUAUUUCACAUCCACGCUGUUUUUCAAGUGUGGAUUGUUGGAGUGUUUAAAGAGCAUGCUAUUGAAGUGGCUGACCUGGCACUCCGUGUACGCUCUGGAGGACGAUUUGGAUAUCAGCCUCAACAGCCACAUCUCCAUAAACAUGAGCCUGUCAGGGUUCAAGGAUUCUGUGCUGGAACUGGUAAACUUUGUGGGUCGACUGGCUUCAGUGGGGCUGCAGCUUGAAAGCUGUCACACGCUGCUCCUCAGUUUCAUCCUUGACUUUUAUGAAACGGUGUGUGACAUGUUCCUGGUGUAUGGGCUCCCCCUAGUGGUGAUGCCCCCACCUGCUGUUUUUUACCCUGCGCUUUUUGCUACCGAUCCUGUCAGUGUGGACAGACUUGCCUACAUCAUGUACAGGUACAAGAUGAACUUGACAGCAGCUAAGAGUCAAGAAAAGGUCAAGAAGCAGGCCUUUCACAUCAGCCGCCAGACAUUCUGUGAAUUUAACCAUUACGUGGUCUUCAUGGUCAGCUGCCUGUGGAACUCCAAAAUGUUUCACCCGGGCACGGGUCUACGGGUGGGAGAGGAGCUGCUUAUCAAGAGCAGCGUACCACAAUACGGGAAGAGCUUUGACCUUAUACACCACCCGGCCUUCUUGAGCUAUGCCAUUGACUUCCACCAGAAGUGCUGGCCAGGGAGAAAAAGCAUGGACCUAAAUUCCAUAAAGCAUUCUAAGGCAUGGGACUGGUACCAGGAGUAUCUGUUUGCUCAGGGUUACGACGGCUUAAAACAGUUUGUUCAGGUUAACAUUAGCCAGCGUCUGACAGCGAGCACCGACCUGUCCACAGACAACACACACCAAACGUAGAUGCUCGGCUCAGUGGGAGGAGGAAGACUUGCAUCUUAGAUGUUUUUUAAAGACUUGUACAUAUUUAAUCUCCUCACCUUUUAGAGGCAUCUUACUUGCCACUGAUUGAAGUGACAUGUACAUAGAAUUAUAGUAUCCACAUUCAUUCUGUGUUUUUAGUUUUCAGUUCAGUGUCUAAUCACUGAUGUAGACCACAAAGCUCUGGGAGAUGCUUUUCCUGAAUGAGUGUCAAAAGCAGGUUCCAGGUCAACAAGUACACAGUCGGGAAAAAUGAAGGCAGACUGUUUAUCAUGAACUGACUGUCCAGGAUUCAUCCAAGUACACAUAUGUAAAUGCAUUUCUCUAAUUUCACAUUGUCUUAUGUCUGUUAAAGGGGUCAUAUUGUGGUUUUAUGUAUGUUUUUACAGUUAAAUGUUACAUGUUAAACACCCUCAGUUUCACACAUCUGUAUCUGUAUAUGGAGAAAUUCUGUCACUAUAAACAGAAUUCAAGAC